AUGACAAAGGCUGUAAUGGUGAGGUGCUACCUGCUUUGUUUACUAACUCUUGCACUGUGUUGUGCUUGUGGGUUAGUAUGGGCUGAUAGUCCUAAAGCUUCUGAUGCCCUUAUUAAAACUUCCACUAUUGGUGUUUCUUCUCUUGUUCGUCGUGCUAUUCCUGCUUCUGGAGAUGUUGGUAAAGAUGAUGAAAAGGACGAUAAAGAGAAAGAGAAUAAUCGUGUUAGUCUCGAUCUUGCUCCUGAUGUUCCUUGCUUUAAUGGUUCCACUCCUUUGGAUGAUAAAAUUUGUUCUCCGCCUCCUCCUCCUCCUCCUUACCCACCACCACCUCCUGGUCCUUCUACUGGUCCUGGUGAUCACAAGACUUAUAUUGAUGGUGAAGCUACUGGUGAUCAUGCUCAAACUAUUGCAAGGGACUCUGGUCGGAUUACACAGGACCGCACUACUCCUCACGGUGCACAAG